AUGCUUUCCGGAAUACUGAUAUUCAAUCAAAAGGGCGAAAACCUCAUCUUUCGCGCUUUCCGCAACGACUGCCGACCGCGCCUCGCCGAUGUCUUCCGCAUUCAAGUAAUAUCGAAUGCUCAAGUGCGAUCACCAAUCCUCACCCUAGGCUCUACCACUUUCAGCCAUGUCAAGCAUGAGAAUAUAUACUUGGUCGCCGUCACAAAAAGCAAUGCGAACGCGGCCUUGGUUUUCGAAUUCAUAUACCGGCUGAUCGCGUUGGGAAAAGCGUACUUUGGCAAGUUUGACGAGGAAGCUGUUAAGAACAACUUCGUCUUGGUAUAUGAGCUUUUGGACGAGAUAUUGGACUUUGGGUACCCGCAGAAUACGGAGACGGACACACUGAAGAUGUACAUUACAACUGAAGGGGUCAAGUCGGAACGCGCGAUGGAGGACUCGUCCAAGAUUACAAUGCAAGCGACCGGCGCGACAUCCUGGCGGCGCAGCGACAUCAAAUACCGCAAGAACGAAGCUUUUGUGGAUGUCAUAGAAGAUGUAAAUCUGCUCAUGUCAGCAACAGGAACAGUGCUACGGGCAGACGUCAACGGUCAAAUUAUUAUGCGCGCAUAUCUCUCGGGCACUCCGGAGUGCAAGUUCGGACUCAACGACCGGUUGACACUGGGCGACGACAAUCUGCAAGGGCCGUCUGGCAAUAAAGCGGGUGCGAAGGCAACAAGAGCAGCAGCAGGAAGUGUGUCAUUGGAGGACUGCCAAUUCCACCAGUGUGUGAAGCUCGGCAAGUUUGAUGCGGAUAGGAUAAUAUCGUUCAUUCCCCCGGACGGCGAGUUUGAAUUGAUGCGAUACCGAGCAACCGAGAACGUCAAUUUGCCCUUCAAGGUGCACGCCAUUGUCAACGAGGUUGGCAAGACCAAGGUAGAAUACAGCAUCGCAAUUCGCGCGAAUUACGGUUCGAAGCUCUUUGCGACCAACGUUGUCGUGCGGAUACCUACACCACUCAACACAGCGCGCAUUACUGAGCGGACAUCGCAAGGCAAAGCGAAGUACGAGCCCGAACACAACAACAUUGUUUGGAAAAUCCCACGAUUCACUGGGCAAAGCGAGUUCGUGCUGAGCGCUGAAGCCAGCUUGACGAGCAUGACAAAUCAAAAGGCUUGGUCAAGACCGCCGUUGAACCUCAGCUUCUCGUUGCUAAUGUUCACGAGCUCUGGACUGCUAGUGCGAUAUCUUAAAGUGUUUGAGAAGAGCAACUACAGCAGCGUGAAGUGGGUGCGAUACAUGACCAGGGCGGGUAAUUACGAGAUACGGAAUGGACUUUCCCAGGAAGCUGAAAGAUAUUUCGUGAAGGCCAAACUUGUCCGCGAAAGUUUGGUCACGAUCAUCCAAGCACCUUCCACCUCACUUGUCGACGAUUCUCUCCGGGAAUAUGCGCAGAACAUGCGCAUUUGUGCCGAUACUUAUCUCUCGACGCUUGAUGGUUUGAGAAUCAAAGAUUCCAGCAAGAGGUCAACUGCAUGGGGAGCGGCUGUCAGAUUUUGGUGGAAGAGAGCAGAGCUAGACCAGUCGUCUACAACCAUCGAGCGAGUGGGCACUCAGAUCGCCGCUUACAUCGUUGCCACACAUAUUCCGACGAUGAGGUCCGGCCUAAACGGUAUCCAGGAGCACAACUUACGGAUGGAAGCAAGUCUGUACAACAAAAUGGAAGAGCUCUCAUCCCAGGCGAGCCAGAACAAUGAGAAACUCAAAUGUCACAGCAAAGACAUCCUGGAAGCCACCCGAAGGUGGUUCGAACACCAAGAACAAGUGAAGAUUCAACGUCGAUGCUUACAAGCCCUUCAUUUUCCCCAGAUCGAGAGCCGCGAGAAUGAUGUGAAGGAAGCACAUGUAAAGACUUUCGGGUGGAUUUUGGAAGAUUUGCAGCCAGCUCUCGACCUGCCUCAGCGGUCGAACUUCAAACAAUGGCUGCGCUCUCCAGAUCAAAAUGCAAACGUCUUCUGGAUAUCGGGAAAACCGGGGUCAGGUAAAAGCACGCUCAUGAAGUACCUCGUUCAGAGAGCGAAGCAACCCAAGCACAUUGGCGAGUGGGUUAGCGACAAGCAAUUGAUCGUUGCCGAAUGCUUCUUCUGGAGGUACGGCAGCCGGCUGCAGCGGUCACUAAACGGUCUUGUGCGAUCACUGCUCUACCACAUACUCGAGCAGUGUCCGGAUCUAAUCGCAACAGCUUUUCCUGGAUUUGACCGGCUUCGGGAUCGUGCCGAUUACGAGUUCCCUCAAAAAGCACUUGAAGAAGCUUUCACUCGCAUCACGAACGGCUUAGAUGAUCGUAAUGCGCGACUCUUCAUUAUGAUUGAUGGAUUGGACGAGUUCGAUGAUCGGGAAGAGCGCGGUCCUUCACUUCAUGAUCAACAGGACCUGAUCAAACUCCUAGGCGUGUUCUGCAGAAACGAAGCUAUCAAGCUAUGUAUAUCAAGUCGGCCUCUUCCCGUCUUUAUGCAAGAAUAUGGACAAGAUCAGGGCCGUUACAUCCGUAUGCAAGAUCUGACGUCCGACGACAUUCGUAUGUACAUCAGAGAGGAAUUGGAAAACAACAAAGCUUUUCAGCAGCUCGCUAUGGAUAAUCAAGAAUACAACCAUCUCGUCAAUGAGAUAGUUGAUGCCGCCCAAGGGGUAUUCUUAUGGGUUCACUUGGCUGUCCGCUCCUUACUACAAGGGAUCACGAAUGAAGACGGGCUUGCGGGCUUGAGGGAGCGUUUACGACAACUACCACGCGAACUGGAUGAUCUUUACAAGCACAUAUUGCACAGUAUAGAAUCGAUAUAUCAAAGAAGCUCCACACUCAUGCUCUUGGCUCAUGUCGAUGCGGAAUACGAAGCAUCGAUUCCCUUGUUUCUCAAUUACCUGGACGACUACGAGUGCACCGUUUUGUCUCAGACUCGUAAGCUUGACAAUGUUCAACUUAUCAAUAUCCAAGAAAAAUUCAACGGGAGACUCAACGCACGUUGCCGAGGGUUGUUGGAGUACACAAAACCCUGCUUUGGUCUCCACACUUCGCCUGCUCUAACUGUUUCGGGAGUCCCUUCUUUCGAGUUUCUCUCUCAUUCCUCCGCAACGGCAGCUGUCACAAGUUGUCAUAGAAGCGUGGUCGAUUUUCUAAGAAAGCCCGAGAUCAGGACCUGGCUUUUGGAAAGAGCUAGGCUCAGCCCAGAGCAGCUACACCUGUUCUACUGCAGAGCUUGUGUUGCUGUGAUUGAAGUCAUCUUUCUGCUCAUCAAUGGAGAGACCACAGCCAACCUCUUUGGCGGCUACGCGCGUGUUAAUGGGAUAAUUUCAUUCUUCAUGCAUUGCGCGGAUCAGCUUAAAGCCGAUGUCGUCGAUCCUCUACGAACCAAACUUGACCAUCUAUUGGUGCAGCCAGCAUUUGAAGGUGGUCAUUCGCUCAUAAACCGUAUCAUACCUUACUUCAUGAGCCAACGAUAUGACCUCGAUAGCUGUCCUCCAAUCUCCGAAUCGAAUAUACUUGCCUUCCUCGCAUAUUUUACCUAUGGCACGGAAUAUAUCAAGACAAGGCUUCGAGACGAUUCAGAACUUGUCGGUAUAGACGACCAAGGAUGCUCUUUGCUCUAUGUAGCAUGUUUGCAUUGGCGGGCGAACCCCGGAAAGGGAGAUUUGGUGCUGUUACUAUUAGAGUACGGAUCAAAUCCCAACCAGAUGGUACAGAGCAUCACCCCGUGGCAGCGAAUAGUGACAGACACUUUUGCCGCCGUCUGCGCGAACUUUUAUUACAACUUGGUACGCGAGUCACCAAGAGUCCGUGCCACUGUUCACGCUUUCAUACGUCACGGUGCGGACUUGGACGUACCUUGCUCCUUCGUUGGAUGCAUCGGAGAUGGAGGGUCAGGACUAGAUUUCCAUAGGACACCAUGGACUCGCAAUGGUAAUACUCCCCUAAUCCUACAUGAGCCGGGGAUUCGAAGCUCCACAUGCUGUUGUCAGCCGCAGCCGCAUAAUACCUCGCAGAUACGAUUCUCCCUGUCAGCUGGAGUUGUUGCUCGAUAUCUAUGCCAUUUCUAUGGCGUCGUGCUGGAUCAAGAAGUAUCGGACGCUUUGCAAAACUAUGCAGCCCCCGAGGAGCUGGAAGCCUACUUGGGGGAAAUUAGCCGAGACCUUUCCGUCAAAGUGGAAGCGGGACGACAAGAAGAGCCUCGAACAAGUUGA